UAUCCUCAAUAAAAACAAACUUUUUAUGUUAUUGUUUUUACUGCGGGAAUUAUGUAUGAAAUGUGCCAUUUAAGGACCUGAGGAAUGCGCCUUCGGCGCCGCUGGCCGCGAAGGAUGAGGCGAGCCAUAGAAAAAUUUCGACUGCAGUCACGCAGGAAGCUGCAGUUACUCAUGGUAAUUGGUGGAAUUUGUCUGGUGAUUUGGGUAACUGCCAACUAUUUAUCCGGAUCGGAGGAGUUUCAAACCGGCGGUUUUAGCAGCUCCUGCAAUGCCAUCGACGCUGUUUACACUUGGGUCAAUGGAUCCGAUCCCAGCUUUAUUGAGUCCAUCCUUCGUUUCGAUUCCAAAUACGAUCCAUCGCGGUUCGAUGACAAAAAUGAGCUCCGGUACUCUUUAAGAUCCCUGGAGAAGCACGCCAGCUGGAUCAGACAUGUCUACAUAGUGACCAAUGGACAGAUUCCCAAUUGGUUGGAUCUCAGCUACGAAAAGGUUACGGUGGUGCCGCACGAAGUUUUGGCUCCCGACCCCACGCAGCUUCCUACCUUCUCCAGUGCGGCCAUCGAAACAUUCCUGCACCGCAUACCAAAGCUGUCCAAAAGGUUUCUUUACCUCAACGACGAUAUAUUCCUGGGGGCACCGCUGUUCCCAGAGGAUCUUUAUACAGAGGCUGAAGGAGUACGGGUCUACCAGGCCUGGAUGGUGCCAGACUGCGCGUUGGACUGCCCAUGGACCUACAUAGGCGAUGGGGCAUGCGAUCGGCACUGCAACAUCGACGCCUGCCAAUUUGAUGGAGGAGACUGCAGCGAAACUGGGCCAGCGGAUGAAGCCCACGUCUUACCACAAAGCCAUGAAGCGCUCGAUGUGGAACCUGCCGUUGUUCUAAAAACCACGGUCCACCGCUUCCCUCACAUGGGGCUUCAAAAACUUUUUAAACAAAGCUCCGCUAACUUUAAAGAUGUGAUGCGCCACCGUAAUGUGUCCACGCUUAAAGAACUCCGGCGUAUUGUGGAGCGCUUUAACAAGGCUAAAUUGAUGUCAUUGAAUCCUGAACCAGAGGCGACGAGCUCCGAGCCGUUGACAACCCAACGCCAUACACUCCACAAAGAGGACUUCAAAUCAUCUACUGACAUCUAUUCACACUCGCUGAUUGCCACCAAUAUGUUGCUAAAUCGAGCCUAUGGCUUCAAGGCACGCCAUGUCCUAGCGCAUGUAGGCUUCUUAAUAGAAAAGAAUAUUGUGGAGGCAAUGCACAGGCGUUUCCGCCAGCAAGUCCUUAACACUGCCCUACAACGUUUUCGGGCCCCCACGGACUUGCAGUUUGCCUUUGCUUAUUAUUCCUUCCUCAUGAGCGAAACAAAGGUAAUGGGUGUGGAGGAGAUCUUUGAUGAGUUCGACACGGAUGGCUCGGCAACCUGGUCGGAUCGAGAGGUACGAACCUUUCUCACACGCAUCUAUCCACCGCCACUCGAUUGGUCAGCCAUGCGUUACUUCGAGGAAGUGAUUCAGAACUGCACUAGAAAUCUGGGCUUGCAUUUAAAAGUUGAUGCUGUUGAACAUUCUACGCUGGUGUACGAGCGAUAUGAAGAUUCUAAUUUGCCCACUAUUACCAGGGACUUAGUAGUGCGAUGUCCCUUGUUGGCUGAAGCUUUGGCGGCUAACUUUGCUGUCCGACCCAAAUAUCACUACCAUGUCAGCCCUAAGAGAGCCUCGCACAGCAACUUUAUGAUGCUCACCUCGAAUCUCACAGAAGUGGUGGAAUCCCUUGAUAGAUUGCGUCGAAAUCCGCGCAAGUUCAACUGCAUCAACGACAAUCUGGAUGCCAAUAGAAGCGAGGACAACGAGAUGGUGCGCCACCUGCUAGAAGAUUUUUACCUAUCUUUCUUCCCGCGGCGCAGCAAGUUUGAGCUUCCGCCGCAAUUCCGUAAUCGUUACGCAACCUGGCGGGACUAUCAGCGCUGGAAGCGAAGGAAGCGGGCCGUUCUGGUAGUUGGAUAUGGAGUGAGUUUGUUACUGGUCAUCUGUCUGCUGCGUUUUAUGUGCAACCACAAGGCCAAGUUCGUAAGGCGGUGUGUGCAGCGUUUGUAGGAUUAAACUUCUAGAUGUUUUGUUCUAUAUUCUACAAUGUUGUGAUAUGUUGUGAACAUUUAUGUAAAUUGGCCAUUUCUGCAAGCGAUCAUAGUCAAAUCUAGUUGUAGGCCAUGUGUAGGCUAUUUUUCUAGUUCUUAAAUGCAUGUUAGACGCUACUAUUAAGAUUAGUCAUUAAGAGUGAAUUCGUAGUGAAAUUUUCUAGAAUAUUCUGCUGCAGUAAAACUGUUUAGGUUGAAUUAAAUAAUAUUUAAGUUUCUUGUACUGAUCGUCAAUAGCUUUUAAUUCUAAGCUAUGUAUGAUGGUAUGAAUUCUCCAAGAUGACAAAUAUCAAUUAAAGUGUUACCUUUUCUUAGUUCAAACA